AUGGCGCUGUUGCCGGCGACCGCGAUUGCGAGGAUGGAGUGCGUCUGUGCUAACCUCCGGAGCUUGUCCUCCUCCGGCGACGACCAGCUGUGGGGGACCAAAUUCGCCGACGUGUUUGGGGAGGUUCAGGGGUUGGAGCCCGGAUCGAGUUUGUCGAUGGCGGUGGCGACGACUUGGAAGCAGCGGUUCGUCCGGACAGUGAUGAAGAAGAGGAAGCAGGAGAGAGCUCGGAAUUUGGCCGAGGAGCAAGCGUUGAUGAGGCAUUGGGACUGGGGGCAGCAGGCACAGCUGCAAGUGUUAGUUCGCCGGGCCGGCGAUGCAGCGGCCAAUUAG